UUAACAUUAUGUAAACAAGCCAAUCACAUUCUUUGGAAUCUCCCAGGAUCUGUUUUCAGUUAACGAGGGUAACGUGAGCUGGUCAGGCUACCAGAGGUUUAAAACCGGAGAAUUUCUACCAGCUGGGUACGACACCUCUCAAGGACCAAACGAUAAAGAAGAACUUUACGUUGCUUCUUCAAUAUACAUCACACGAGUGGGAUUCCUGUCAGAGGAACACGGAAACAUAUCUAUCAACAUAGAGUACUCCCUGUCCUGGCUUGAUGGACGUCUCGCAGGCCUUACCCAAUCAUGGGUUCCCGUUCCGGCCAACUCCAUCUGGUCCCCGCCGGUUGCCUUCGGACGGACGGUUCGCCGAGCCAUCGCCACCAGCGAGGAUGAUAACUGGAUGUGGUUCGACCCACGUGGACUGGUUGUCCUGAAGAUAAGUCGCCAGCUGUCAGUAAACUGUGUAUCACACUUGGCGAUGUAUCCACUCGACACACAAGUCUGCACUGUGGCUUUGCUCGGAUACAAUGGAGUGAAGCUACGUCUCCAGCCAUCCACAAACAAAAUAACUGCACCUGUGAAGAGUGACGCCGCGGGGGUGGUGUCACAGUUCACUCUCAUCGGAGUGGAGGGGCGUACAAGGAUUCAGUCAUUCAUCGGCAACGACACAGGUUGCACUUUAUUCGAACAGAUGUGUGACUAUCUUUCGGAGCCAUGCAUGACGUCACUUCCGGACUGCACCAAAGAGACUUGCCGCGACUGUAGCGUCAUCGUCGGGAACUGUUCUCAUCAGUUUCACUUUUGUGAGCAGAAGCUGAACGAUACCAAUUCCUUCGACGUGUUGGAAGUGCGCAUUCAGCUUAGGAGGAUUUUAUGGCGGUACCUGUUGGACGACUACCUGCCGUCUGUAGUCAUCGUCGCGUCAUCCUAUCUCCAGACAUGGCUGCCAGUCGUGCAGGCUGACGUCACUGGCAGGGUCACUCUGGGCGCCAUGGCGAUCCUUUCUAUGGUCAAGCAAUGGUACGAAACUGGACGAAUGCCUUGGGUGGAAGAACCACGUGCAAUAGACAUUUGGAUGUUGGGAUGUCUAGCCUUUGUGUCUGCCUUACUUCUGGAGACCAGCGCGUUGCACUUCAUCUGUAACCACAUUCAAAAAAAGGAACAGAGAGAGAUCCGAUCCGAACAACGAGCGAGAGAACUUAAUCCGCCUAUUCAAAUACCGCGCCCAGGGCUGAUAGAUUCUUCAUCAAGUCCCAAGGUCAUCAAACCGCAGCCUCGUAACGCCCAUGCGUCGGCGGAGCCGGUGUACAUUCCUCGGGCACGGAUGCACACCCCCGGAUACCUCAGGUGGCACCAGGUCAAGGACAAAGAAUGGGUCGUUGUAAUCAAGUCUGAGAAGAAAACUCAGAAAAAUGCCUCCGCCCUUGAGGCUUCGCCAAAAACCGACGGUCAUGCUAUGGAUAGUCACGAUGAACAAGGCGCCAUUGUUUCAUACACACCAAAUCCGUCGAUGAUAAAUUCCACCUACGACAACAUUAAGUUCAAUAGCAGAGCAUUCGGUCCGAGUGCAGAGGAUAAAGCAGACCGUUUGGCAACGAAAAUCGACAGUUUUGCUCGAGUUAUUUUCCCAGUAGCGUUCGUCAUAUUAAGUGUUGCAUAUUGGGCUACCUACAGGUAUAAGGUAGUGGAUGACGAUGAAGGACAUUAG